AUGGAAGGCGGUGACCCAACUCGUUCCUCCCGAGAAUCAGGAGGCAAUCAAGCAGAGUCAGAGCGACGCAAUGGUGGAGCUUUGGGUGGAAUGGGACAACUUACUGAAGUGGACGAAGAAUCUAUCCUGGAUGAAGAGCCUGCUAUUGCUGAAAGGGAGGAUCCCGGACAAUCUCGAAUUGGUGGAGGUGGUGACUUCUUCACCUCCCACGCCCACACUCAAUAUCAUGCGUGUGGGACACAGACUAUGGCUAAAAGGUCUUGGAGUUUUGAUGCUGGCGAUUCGCUCACUUGUAUUGCCACGUCAAAUUUCUUUCCUCUGAUUGCCAUUGCUGGCAGGAACUUGUUGCAAGUCUUGAGGGUUGAUGAUGAUAAAUUUAUUUCAGUUCAUCGAAUGACAAAUCUCCAACGUAGCAUUGGGAGUGCCACAACCGUGAACACUGUUCGACCUGAAACAGGUGCUUCAGGCACCCAAGGACUAUCGAUGCCCGCACAUUUCCAACCUCCUCGGAGCUAUGCCAUCAACGAUGUAGCUUGGUCGAACUCCAAAUCUAUUUUAGCAACCUGCUCAAAUGCUGGAGACUUGAUCAUCUGGGACUUGAGUCGUGGUAUUGCUCAAACUAUCUGCUUUGUUGGACAUUCUCGCAGCGUGCAUCGAAUUCACUUCAAUCCCAAUGCUCCCAAUGAAAUCAUCUCUGCUUCCCAUGACGGAACCGUCAAGCUUUUUGAUAUACGUGAUCAAUCUUGUCGUCAAACUUUUCACGCUCGGACGUCCUGUUCUUCUCCAGUUCGGGAUGUAGUCUACUGUCCUAAUGAAAGCCAUACACUAGCUGGGGCCUUUGAAAAUGGUCUUGUGUGUAUAUGGGACACUCGAUUUGACAGUCGGCCUGCCAGAAGCUUCCAAGCCCAUAAUGCAGUCACUGCUAGUAUUGACUGGCAUCCUAAUUGGAAUUCUGUUGAUCGAAAUUGGCUUGCGACUGCUGGAGGUCGUGAUAAUACGAUAAUGGUGUGGGAUCUGGAUAAAUCCUCACCGACAACUAUUUACUCUCUUCGCGCGAAAAACACGGGGAAUGUUCGCUGGCGUGUGGGAGAGUUGACCCAACUCAUUUCCAGCUGUUCCCUGAGUCUCGAUCUGAACAUUCACCUAUGGGAACUGAAUCGUCCUUACAUCCCCUACAUCACUUUCGAAGGCCACACUCACACAAUUUCAGGAAUUGCUUGGAGCAUGGACCCAAAUUCCUUCUAUUCCGUGGCUCGUGAUGGCCUUGUCAUACGUCAUUAUAUAGGAGAUGGCAUUCAAAUUGCCAGACAAGCAAAUCCUGUUGCUUUAGCUCUCAAUUGUCGGGGUGCACUGGCUCAUGCUCUCGGCGGAGAGCCAGGGAGACGAAUUCGCAAUGGUGGAGUGACUGGAGGUGAAAAUACCGUUAGGCGAUUCACCACUACGAUGCCCUUCAGGGAACCAUUUGGGGCAAAUACGGCCACUGCUCCGAGAACUCACAAAUUACUGGUUACUAGACGAAGUGUUCUUCUUCCAAAUGUGGGUUUAUCCGAGGAUGAGAGGUUACAGCCCAUGAUUCCCUGUGAAGCUGAGGUACCUCCAAAUAUAAUUCCCUCAGAUGACUUUAUUGCCCAAAGCCAGAGUGAACUCUACGUUGCUGAUUUUCUCAUGAAGGAUAUUACUGAGCUUGAGGCUCCAAUGGCUUCUUUACUCAUGCCAGAUACAUUCGUCUACUUGGCAAGGAAUUAUCGCAUCACCGGUAAUAGUGUUGAAGAAGUCUGUAAUCAUAAUGCGAUGGUUGCUCGAAAUGUGCAUCAAGAUUUCUUGGCUCAAUUUUGGCUCCAGCUGAAGCAGAUUCUGGGCAACUGUUGGCAAUCUUACAAACCACCCCCGCCACCACCAUCCCAGAUUAAAAAUAAACAAUCUACUAGAAGGGGCUCAAUUACCUCCCAACGCAGUAAUCAACCUUUAGCAGCUGCCUAUUCACGUCUCCAUUCUGACACAACGACUCCGGCACACAGAAAUCCUACAUAUGCUGAAGUGGCCGGUUCGCGUUCCGGCGCUGUCUGUGUUCUUGAUUUUAUAUCUUCUGAGGACUUUGACGAAUCCCGAGCAAUUGAAACUACAGGUGAGAGAACCUCCACUAAGAAUAAGGAUACAAAUUCAUCAAAUCCCGCUACUUCGGCUUCUGUUAACGCACAUUUUCGUGCUGAUGCAGCGCCUACAUCAUCAUCCACUCAUAGCCACAGCUAUGACCUCGAUGGCAUGACGGGGUCACUUGGUCACUCCUCUGUGAACUACCUCUUCUCUGUGGAUGCUCAAAGAAAUAUGAAAGAACGUCAAGAGGGCACUGGCAGUACAACGGCUACCAUCACUGCUCUAUCUGAAGAAUCCGAUGCUUUAAUAUUUUCAUCGGUGUUGCCGUCUCUACCUGAAGUUGACUCUGUGCCUAGCUUCACUACUCCCUCUGAGGAAGACCAGUUUUCCCACCAUUUUACUAAUGUCCUUGUUCUGCUUUCAGAUAUAGAACACAAACUAAGCGAAGAAUUAUCAAGUAGUCAUCAAAGGCCUCCAGAAUUUAGUAAACAUCGACCAUCCUCAGGCGUACUUGAUUUAACUUCCUCUGUGAAUAAUGCUGAACCAAUUGACCCCACCCUUAUCUCUAAUCCCACACUUCCUCUCGACUUCACUCAUUUGGUUGGCCAAUGGUUCCUGGAACUUAUUGAAGCAGGACAUGCUCAAACUGUUUGCACGGCUCUGCUUCUUUUCGGCACAGAAAGAACUAGAAUCAAUGAAUGGGCCACGGAAAAACACAUCGAGAACUGGUUUUAUGUUUACCUUGACGCAUUAAUACACUUUCGGCUAUGGGGUGUCUGCACUCGUAUCAUUAAACACUGUGGAGGUAUUCAAGGAGUUACUCCUGCUCCUCCCCAACCUCUCUGUAACCCAGCCCCAACACCUAACUCUUCUUCAAUGAAAUCGUCUUCUCUUGCCCUACCACUCGCCCGUCACAUUGCGAUUCUCAAUCAGACGGGAACAAGCAUCUCUGUGCGGUGUGGAAAAUGCGCGAAGCCGAUGCAACGCAAUGCUACUACCACUACACCUACUGGAUCGCCUAUGCAGAUUUUUCCACAUGCUCCAUGGGCCUGUGCUCGACAUCCAAGUGCUGAAACAGCGCUUUCGACUUGCGCCGUUUGCCACCUGACUGUACGUGGGAUAUACCUUUGGUGUGUCGGUUGUAGUCAUGGUGGUCAUCUGCAUCACAUCCGCGAAUGGAUAAGCAAAAGAGCCGAGUGCCCUGCUGGGUGUGGACACUACUGUGAAUAUGGAAAAUUGGAUGGUAGCCUCUAUUUGCAAAUUUCAGCGUGA